CUAUGUAGAAAAGCCCAAAUGCCAAUGUGUCAUAUAGUUAUUGGGUUUGUGAAACCCUAAAACCCUUAAAUAUAUGUCUGUGUCAAAGAGGCAAGUUAUUGCCGUUUAGGGUUUAAGGAAGAAUCAAGAAAAAGGCAGUUACAGAGGCUCUGGAGCAGCAGCUUGCAGUGUGGUAAUAAAGAAUGGGGGCUGACAAAGGGAAGAAGCAGAAAGUAGAAGAGGAAAAAAACAUUGAUGAAAAGCUCAUUUUUUCCAUUGAAAAGUUGCAAGAAAUACAAGAUGAGCUUGAGAAGAUCAAUGAGAAAGCAAGUGAUGAAGUGCUGGAAGUAGAACAGAAGUACAACGUGAUCCGCAAGCCAGUUUAUGAUAAGCGAAAUGAUAUCAUUAACUCUAUUUCUGACUUCUGGUUGACUGCUUUUUUGAGUCAUCCUGUUCUUGGCGAGCUCCUAACUGAAGAGGACCAAAAGAUUUUCAAAUUCUUAAGUUCUAUUGAAGUGGAAGACUCGAAAGAUGUGAAAUCGGGUUAUUCAAUCACGUUUAACUUUAAGCCCAAUCCUUAUUUUGAAAAUUCAAAGCUCUCAAAGACCUAUACUUUCCUUGAAGAUGGGCCUACAAAAAUUUCAGCUACAACAAUAAAAUGGAAAGAAGGCAAGGGCCUUCCCAAUGGAGUUGUUCACGAGAAGGAAGGAAACAAGCGAGCCCACGCUGAAGAAAGCUUCUUCACCUGGUUCAGUGAAGUCAAUAAAAAAGAUGGCAGUGAUGAUGACGAAAAUGAGGUUCUGGAGAUUCAGGAUGAGGUUGCUGAAAUAAUCAAGGAUGACUUGUGGCCAAACCCUUUGACUUAUUUUAGCAAUGAGCCAGAUGAAGAAGAGUUUGAGGGUGAUGAAGGUGGUGAUGAGGGCGAAGACUCUGAAGAUGAAGGUGAAGAAGGAGAGGACGAGGAAGAUGAAGACGAGGAAGAUGGAGAUGAAGACGACAAAUGAACUGUUAACGGGCCUUGUGUUUGAUUGGAGUUCUCUUUUUCAGCGUUUAAAUUAUCAUACUCAGCGCAGCGCCUGUAAAGAGGCUUGAGUAUUGCAGAAAAAACGAAUUAUAUAUAAUGGUGAUGAGUGAUGACUUCUUUUUGGCUA